UCUUUCCCAUCAUGGCUCCUGCGGCGGACAGGCUGGGUUACUGGGGGAGACCAACCUCAACGCUGGACUGGUGCGAAGAAAAUUAUGUCGUCUCAUUUUACAUCGCCGAGUUCUGGAACACGGUCAGUAACCUGAUUAUGAUCCUCCCUCCCAUAUAUGGAGCCCUGCAGACGUUUAAAAGCGGACUUGAAGUCCGUUACGUGUGGUCAUUUUUAGGACUUGCAGCUGUUGGCAUUGGUUCUUGGUGCUUCCACAUGACACUGCAGUACGAAAUGCAGUUGCUAGAUGAGUUGCCGAUGAUCUACAGCUGCUGUGUCUUCGUUUACUGUUUAUAUGAGUGCUUCAAGCAAGAAAAUGCCAUUAACUACUUCCCAAUCGUACUUCUCCUUUUCUUCAGUAUUAUUGUUAGUGUGGUGUACUUGCUGUGGAAAGAGCCAGUGUUUCAUCAGGUUAUGUAUGGCGUGCUGGUGGCUUGCUUAGUGAUCCGGUCCGUUUUCAUAGUCACGUGGGUGUAUCCAUGGCUGAGAUCACUCUGUUACACGUCGUUAAGCAUCUUCCUGUUAGGAUUCAUUUUAUGGAACAUCGAUAAUAUAUUCUGUGACUCUUUAAGAGCCACGAGGCAGAGGCUGCCGCCUGUAAUCGGAGCAGUUACCCAGCUGCACGCAUGGUGGCAUAUUCUAACAGGCCUUGGCUCUUAUCUGCACAUUCUUCUCAGCCUCCAGAUUCGCUCAACCUACCUCAAGUAUAGACCUAAAGUAAAGUUUUUAUGUGGCAUUUGGCCCGUCCUACACAUCGAGUCUCAGAGGACGAGUUGAAAGGGCGAGAAGGGGAUGACGAUGGCAGCCAAUCACAGAACCUUGGACACACUACAAGGUCCAGCCAGUCGCCUCCAGCGGAGCCAGGAGGUGACCAGCAGCUGGACGUUUGGUCCUCCCAUCCCCAUAUUCCCCUGCUUCGGUUUGCCAAGUGUAGUUUGGAGAGAGUUUCCCUGCAGUGGAGGGAGGGUCUGUUUUCCUUUGUUUAUUACUGAGUAGGUCAGAGCUUCGUGCUAGACAUGUAAGGAGAUGGCACACUAUUUGUUAUGCACUUAGUAGGCUUACAUUAACAUCACUUACGAGGGACUAAAUAGGGUUUUGAAUAUGGUCAAAUGGACGUUUUGGUGGAUGAUUUUAUUUCCUCUGUGUAGGCGCGGAGUAAACGUUGCAUUGAUUAUAUAUUAGCUAAUCGUAUCUACUCAUUAUCAGCCUUGACAUGAUUGCUUUUUUAAUCAUUAACAUAUUUCAGCUGCACUACGUCCUCAGUAUGUACAGUAUAUAAAAUAGUGUAUGUAAUUUCCACAAAGAUCAUCAGUGAUUUUGCUUUUUGGCCUAGAAAUCUUUAGCUUUAGCUUUUUAACGAUCAAAAAGGGGCGAUGUAAUCAAAAUCAAAGUGACAAAAUCGACUGUAUUGAUAUUUUUGACUGAAAUUCCAUGUUUUACACAAAGCUGACGAAGAUGGUAUUAACCUUUUUUUUUCUCAUGAUGCGAGGAAUUGUGGGAAUGCAGGUAUAUUGUAGAAUGUUACAAUACAGAAUAGUACUGUAAAUUCCACAAGCUACUUUAGUGGUUUCCUUUGAAUAUCUAAAGCCUUUCCUUUAAUUUUAACAUAUACGAUGUCUUUGUGUCUAAUAUGCAAUAACCAGCAUUGAUUGGUUUAUUUUAUUUAUUUAUGAACAAUGAAGAAAUACUGAACUUAGUUUUCACAUGGCAAGGAAUUAUUUCAUGAAGGAAUUAGUCUACAUUUUGGUUAAAUGCCAGUAUCCUUGUAUUGGUCUUGCGUGGCCAGAUGUGAUCUUUUAACGAGAGAGCACGUCUGGGAACAACUUUUUGGUGCUGGAUUGUGCCGAAAUCCACAACAAACAAGGGAAUGCCCGCCCUGAAACCCACCCUAAAGUCCUUUAGUCCCAUUUUUACCGCAUGUAAUGUGGCCUCCACACAUUUGAAACACGUAUACAUGCUUAAUUGGAGUUUUUUGGGAGACAUUUCAGCCGUGCUAACUUGCACUGCGUCUAUGGGCUAACAACAGGGUUGUUGGCUCUAGAACAGUGUUGACGAGCGCACCAUCACCCCCUAGUUUUUAAGCUCUGGAUUUCUUUAGAAACUUCACACUCAGUUUGUUCCCACCUUAAUAAGUCUGCAUUACUGCCCAAAAUUUCUCAGAUGUUCUCAUUAUGAGAUCACGCCUGACCCUGUUAAACUAGCCUUGCAUUUGUUCCUAUGGGGUGGUUUUCUGGACCCAAAACUCAUUUUAGUCUCAGACUAGGAUCAGUUUGAAUAACCAGCCCUGUGUCUUCCAUAUGCCUGACUGUUGCUGUUCUUUAUCAGACCAAGAUUUCAAAAUGUGAACAUAUAUAUGUUCUGCUUGUCAGUCUGUUAUACUCUACUUAUCAGUACAUUAUAUAUGCAUAGGGCAGAGUACAAAGUCAUAGUGCAUCGUUGGUAUUGCUUCUUUUUGCCGUUUUGUGGUCUUAUAUCCUUCUCAGUGAAGCUGCAUACUCCACAUGCACAGAGAGUUGCCAGUUUAUUAGAAACAGCCACAUUAUACGUACUUUCACUGGCCAUUUUAUCAGAAACACCUAUCACACAGUUGCACUUUAUAUGGUCACAAUUGAAGAGUUUCAUUCCAAAUGCUAUCCGAAUAAUGCAAAACAGUUUUAUGUCUCCAAUAAAGGUAAGCUGUGUAUGUAAAGCCCACUAAUAUAUAUAUAUAUAU